AACAACACUACCAAGUCGACUACUCCUCGUCUUUUUCUCCGCGGUGUCUACAAUCAUGGCCAAUAACAUGACACUUCUCUGGUGCACCUUCUCCGUUCCGUGCUGGCGGGUUAUGAUCGCUCUGGAGGAGAAAAUGUUGCAGGGAUACAACCAGACGCUGUUGGACUUCGAUAAAGAAGAGCACAAAUCUACAAUAGUCAUGGACCUCAACCCCCGGGCACAGCUCCCUACAUUCAAACACGGGGACUGCAUAGUGAACGAGUCCUAUGGAGCAUGCAUGUAUUUGGAAAACCAGUUCAGGUCCCAGGGGACCCAGAUGAUUCCUGAGGGUCUAGCCGAACAGGCCCUGAUGUACCAACGCAUGUUUGAAGGCCAAACCUUCUACGAGAAACUUAGUGAUGUGGUCUACUAUGAAUAUUAUGUCCCUCGGGGAGAGAGACAUGACUCUGCUAUCAAGAGGAACAAAGAUAACCUUGCAAUUGAAAUUCAACUGUGGGAGGGAUACUUUCAGAAGAUGGAGGCAGGCUCUUACCUGGCAGGAAAAGCCUUCUCGUUGGCUGAUGUCCUUGUCUUCCCCACCAUUGCCUACUCCUUCCGCUCUGGGCUGUCAGCAGAGAGUUACCCCAAACUGAGAGCAUACUACUCUAUGAUGAAGGACAGACCAAGUGUCAAAACUACCUGGCCCCCACACUGGCUAGAAGACCAGGAAAAACCUCAGUGGGGUGACUUUCUCAAAGAGCUCUGAGACUCACUCCUACUAAAGGAACACAUUAUUUAAAGUAUUAUAGGCACUUAAAAUCUACGUACACUAUAUAUACACAAGUAUGUGGACACCCCUUCAAGUUAGUGGAUUCGGCUGACAGGUGUAUAAAAUCGAGCACACAUCCAUGCAAUCUCCAUAGACAAACAUUGCCAGUAGAAUGGCCUUACUGAAGAGCUCAGUGACUUUCAGUGUGGUGGCGUCAUAUGAUGCCACCUUUCCAGCAAGUCAGUUCGUCAAGUUUCUUCUCUGCUAGAGCUGCCCUGGUCAACUAUAAGUGGUUAUUGUGUGGUGAAACGUCUAGGAGCAACAACGGCUCAGUCGAGAAGUGGUAGGCCACACAAGCUCUUAGAACAGGAUCGCAGAGUGCUGAAGCGCAUAAAAAUAAUUCGUCCUCGGUUGCAACACUCACUACCGAGUUCCAAACUGCCUCUGGAAGCAAUGUCAGCAUAAGGACUGUUCGUUGAGAGCUUCAGGAAAUAGGUUUCCAUGGCUGAGCAGCCGCACACAAGCCUAAGAUCACUAUGCACAAUGCCAACCGUCGACUGGAGUGGUGUAAAGCUCGCCGCCGUUGGACUCCGAAGCAGUGAAAACUCGUUCUCCGGUGUGAUGAAUCACGCUCCACCAUCUCGCAGAGUCCUGACCUCAACCCCAUUGAACAACUUUAGGAUGACCUUACUCCUGUGGCUGAAUGGAAGCAACAUCCCCGCAACAAUGUUCCAACAUCUAGUGGAAAGCCUUCCCAGAAGAGUGGAGGCUGUUAUAGCAGCAAAGGGAGGGGACCAACUCCUUAUGAAUGCCCAUCAUUUUGGAAUGAGAUGUUCGUCAAGCAGGUGUCCACAUACUUUUAGUUAUGUAGUGUAGUUUCCCUUGGUUGCACACCUCAUGAAACGGAAAAGUUGCUUUUUUUUGUGGAUUUACACAUUUGUUUUUGUAACAAACAAAGGCUGUUUUGUACUGUAACACCAUCUAUGUUUGUAAGAACAUGACAUAACAAGAAAACAUGUUUUUAGAAAUACAUGGCUCUGCUGGCAUGUUGUUACUACUCCCCCUGCUGGCGAUCUGAGGAUCCUUCAGAAAAUAACAUGAUCUGUGCAAAUCUACAAAAAUAC